AUGGACGAUGGGACCACCGUACAGACUUCUUGUGGCAUCCUCCAAGGCCAAGUCGAAGGUCAAGUUCGUGUCUUUCGCGGCGUGCCGUUUGCAUGUCCGCCGAUUGGCGAACGCCGUUUCAAAUCACCCACGCCGUUUCAAUGGACCGGUGUACGCAAAGCCACAUGUGCUGGACCGGCGGCACCCCAAGCGAACAGCAAGAAUAUGGAUCGAAUCAGGCAGCUCAUUUGCUCUCUGGAUAGAGAAGGGGUUCCUGGCAUCAUUGCCGGGCCACCCUACGUCUUCAAUACUUAUGACCAUGAUGACAUAUCCGAGGAUUGCCUAUACCUCGAUCUAUGGGCUCCGUUGAAGACACAGUCACGGAAGAAAUAUCCUGUCUACCUUUACUAUCACGGCGGAGCCAACAUCGUUAGCUCGGGUUCAUUCCUACCAGAGAGGGGACAUAACUUGGCUUGUCAAGAGGACAUCAUCGUUGUACGGCCGAAUUACCGACUGGGUGCACUAGGCUGGGUGCAUUUUGGCCUCAUCUCAAACUCCGUUAAAGACGCCAUAAAUCUCGGCAUCCAAGACCAGAUCGCGGCAUUGAAGUGGACGCACGUAAAUAUCGAGGCGUUUGGGGGAGACCCCGACAACAUCACUGUGGGUGGAGAAUCGGCGGGCGGCACUGCCGUCUCUCAUUUGCUUGUGAACCCCGACGCGCAGAAAUUGGUUAGACGUGCGAUCGCCCAGUCCCUUUCGCCCUUCAACGUCUGGGCAACGCAGCAAUCACCGGAAGCGGCCGUGGUCGCACGGAAAUACCUAGACAUGCUGCAGAUCGAGGAUCCGGCGCAGCUUAUGGAAGUGGACGUGGAAAAGCUCUUGGCGGUCCAUAAUAUCUUGUUGCGUCUCUUUCCAGCAGAUGCGAAUCUCGCAUGGUGCCCGAGUGGCGGAGUUGUUGACGGACUUAUCGUUCCCGAGAAUCCAGCCCUGUGUCUAUCAGUCAAGCCCUAUCCCCGUAAGGACUUUGAAUUGAUGGUCGGCUUCGCCAAAGACGAAUGGCAGUUUUUCCGCGGUCAUUCUCCGACACUCAUGGCAGGGACCCGCUCCGAUGUGCUCGCCGUUCUCGCACAAGUGUUUGGGGACGAACAAGCUGAGGCUUUGCUCGAUAGCUACCAAGAGAUGCACGUGGACCACGAUCACCGACAGCUCUUAAACGACAUCAUGUCCAUGGAGUUUUUCAAGCUCUCUUCCAUCUGUAUCGGCCUUAAUCUUGCCGAUCAAGGAAUACCAACGUACCUCUUCCAAUUCGCCAUCGACCUGCCCAGGGCUGGUGGAGCCAUCCACACUGGAGACAUGCCGUUCAUUUGGCGGAACUUUACAACACGAGACCUUCAGAGGUGGCCAGCUUUCGAAGGUUUUGAUGUGGAAUUAUUUCCACCAGUCUCAGCCUCAUUUGGGAGUAUGUAUGGAUCGUUCAUCCGAAAUGGCACACCUGGGAACCACGAAGAUUGGCCGCCCUUUGAAGGUAGGUUUGAGACUAUUUUGUCGUUCGGAACGCAUCUCGAGGCACGGCCGGGGCUUCUUCAGGGUGAAUGCAAGGCUUUUAAAAUGGCGGGGAUUUCUGGAUUCCCAGCACUGCACGAACGCUUAUUAUUGAACGUGCAACGGGGUAUCCGCGAGAGGAUCACAGGUAGUUUGCCUCGAGAGGUUGUCACCAAGUGA